UCCAGUUAUUAUGAUGCACGAGCCAAAAUAUCACACCAGAGUAGGAUCCACGGUAUUCUUGGAUUGUUCAGUGAUUCCUGUACCAGAAAGAAUUUUAUGGAAACGAAACAAAAGUCCACCACCAACGGCAAAACUUUUUGAUGACAAUCAUAAAUACUAUUAUGGGACAACAUCGCCUACACUUGUGAUAAAAAACCCGAACAAAACAUAUGAUGAAGCUCACUACCAAUGUACGGCAGAAGCCAAUGGAAAAGUUGCAAGUGGCGAUAUCGUACAACUACAAGUGUCUGAUGAUGAACCAAGGGAGAGUAGUACAACAGAACGUCAUUCACAACAGAGCGGUGAACGAGGAGUCACAAUGAAGAGAGUUUACACUGUAGCCUUGGUGUCAGUCAUUUUUGGAAUUCAAAUGGUGCUGUCUGACUAUGAUUAUGGAUCCUCGUUGUCAGAUCUAACAAGCAAUGGAUGGGCUUUGGUUGUUUGUACGGUGUCAGUUCUAUUAUUUCAAUGGCUCUGGUGUCGUGUCACAGACCUCUGUAGUCAUAACCAAGGUUGCUUGAUGUUGCUUAAAGCUAAAAAUGCUAACAUUGACAUGGAAAGACAAGAGUCGAAACAAGACAUUGAAAGCACAUUUGCAAAAGGAACUCAUCAGGAUGGACGAGUGAAGAAUGUCGAGCUGAAAAAUGGUUCUGUACAAGUAUGUAUAGAUAUCACUGCUGCUAGAAGUCCUUUAGAACCGUCUUCUGUACAUCUCGCUGAAGAGUUUAAACAUUAUCUGCUGGAUGGUGGAACUAUACAACUAACUGACGAAUCACAGACAGUGUUAGAUAUAGACAACGACAGUUUCCAGAUAACACCACAUAAGGCAAGAGAGGAUGAUCUUCCGUAUGUAAACAUCAGCCAUGGCGAGUUCAUUGUUCCCGUCGGGAAAACGGCCAUCAUCCAAUCAUACGUCAUUGCAUCACUGAAGGUUACAUCAAUUCAGUGGUUUAAAAUAGAAGGUGAUGAAGACAUUCCAAUAGAAAUAGAUAACAAAAGAUAUUUCGGAAGCUGCAAUACUUCUCCCACUUUAAUUAUCCGCAAGACAAACAACGACGAUCAGGGACAGUACAUGUGUACAGCUACCAACUGUAAAGGAACAGGUUGGAGCGACGUAUCGGUUCUGUCCAUACAAUCUGGUAAUGCUGCUUCUCUCAGUAAUGACACCAGUGAUGUUAUGGAAGACGUCGGUACUGUCAGAUACGAUGCCGAUGCUGUUGGAAAAGACGAUGAUAAUGUCAGUGGUGAUGCCUGUGCUGUUAGUAAAGGCGAUGAUAAUGUCAGUGGUGAUGCCGGUGCUGUUAGUAAAGGCGAUGAUGUGGUGAAUGAUGAUACUGAUACCACCAAGCUAUUUCGAUCGAAAGAAAGGGGUCCAAACGUGGAUGCUAUGAUAGAAACAACGAAAGUGACAGUCAUUGAUCAAAUGUCAAGACAGGAGGUGAUCUCUACACACGCCUUAGAAAAUGCCAAAAAAAUGGUUAAAAAGAAUGGCAUUGUCCUAAUCAAGGGUGCCUCAGGGGACGGAAAAACUGUGAUGUGUUAUCAGCUGCUGAAGUGGCUUAUGGAUGGUGAAGAUAAGGAUUCUAGACUGUCAAAAGUUCCUUUGCAGCUAUAUAGCAUGACCAAAUGGGACAAGAUUGUUAAACCAAAAUUACAAUUAGCUUUGUUUAUUGAUGAUGUUAAGGGAGAAAUUGUUGAAGAACUGAAAAAGAGGAAACGGUCCAUACAGUCGGGGUGUCGUGGGAAACUCGAUAAUGAAUCAAAUUGUUUGAUUUUAAACGUUCGCCAUGAUGUAUUCAAAAGAACACAAUUAUCUUCGUGUGAAUUAUUCAAUGAAGAAAAUACCAUUGAUUUGAGAGGUCAACACUGCUUGAAUACCACAGAAAAACAGCGUAUUCUAAAAUUGUAUGUCCCUAAAAUCAAUACCUUAUCAGGUGAGAAGAAGGCUGAAAUCGUUACGCAUGCCCCAAAUAUAGGAUUUCCAUUGUGUUGUCGACUUUUUAGAGAUAAACAGAGCUUGCAAGAGGAGGGCGUUAAUUUCUUCAAACAUCCGGUUUUGUUCAUUGAAAAUGUCAUUGAAAAAUUACCAAAGGAGUACUUUUAUGCUCUUCUGUUUCUCUUCCUCAAUGAAGGGAGGUUCAAGAUAAGGAAUUUGGAUCCAAGCAGUGAACAUUUGGACAAGGAAAAGCUAGAUAUAGCUUUCUAUGAAAGUCAACUUCAUCAUAAAGACAAAAUCAGGUCUCUGCGUAGAAGCUUUGAUGAACUGUUAGGCUCUCUAGUUGCAAUAACUGCUGACAACGAUGAUUCGUUUUAUGAAUUUUGUCAUUAUUCUGUCCAGGAGACAGUUGCCAUUUUGUAUGGCAAGGAAACAGAAAAUGGGUUUAUUGGGAAUUGUCCACGAAAGUUCCUCCAUUUGAUCUCUACAUCAAAAUCUACUCCAAACAGAAUAGUUAUAUCAGCUAAUAAUGAACGCAUGUAUGAGCGUCUGGUCAGAGAGUUUGAAAGUUCCUCAGACAGUAGUAUUUCUGAUUAUAUAGUUUCAUUAGAUGUUUGGACAGAUCUUAAGUUUCUACAGGGAUUCAAAGAAUGGUUGAGAGAUCAAAAUGUUGAAAAUCACAAGAUAAACAAUGCUUUGUUGAAUGGAGCGUGCUCUGCUGCUACAGAAGAAUGUGCUUUUUAUCUUCUGUCACAGGGUGUUACACCUGACCAUGUCACACCAUAUUGUGUAGUGGAGGGUGGAAGUGUACAACUACUGGAAAAACUAUUAACGUAUGGCGCCAUUCCUAAAGCGAGGGCAGACAAGUCACGAUCGUCACAUUAUACUAAGGAUAUCAAUGUCCUACACGAGGCGUGUUUGUUUGAGAGAGAAGAGAUGGUGACAAUGCUGUGUGACACUUACCCAGACUUGGUAAAUGAGACUGAUUACUAUGGACACAGCACACUUCAUCUUGUCGCAAUGACAGGAAACUGUGGCAUAUUUCAAAGAGUAGAGAGCUCGAGCGGGUGCCAACAAACUGCUAUUGAGGAAAAUCUUAUGCAAGAAAUAAAAGUUAUGGAAGAGCAAGAACAGGUAAGUGUGGAGGAUUUAGAAAAUAUUCGACUGAGAAAGAUUGAAGGAAGUAUUACUAGAUCAAGAGUUAAGUGGCAGGAAAAAGGAGAAAAACCAACAAGAAGAGAGGUGUAA